AAGACAACAAACACUGGCGGUGGAAGCAGAGCGCAGACGGUCUUCUUCGUUCCGCAGUCAGGAAAUAGUUUAUUACUUUACGACGUAAAGCUUAAGUGUAUUAUAGAAUUUUAUAUAGAUUCUCAAGUGGAAGUCUUUUCCUGAAGAUACUGAGUAAAAUGGGUCGAGGUCGGAGCAAAUCGCGAGACAGAUCUCCCGGGAGGUCACGGAGUAGACAAGCACACGAGAAGAAGACUGAGAAGAGGAAACGCAGAAAGUCUUCAUCGUCAUCUUCUUCAUCCUCCUCUUCCAGUUCAAGCAGUACUAGUCCCAGUACCCGAAAAAAGAAUGCACGCACCUCCAGCAACAGUCAAGACAGAAAAAAGGAAAAGCGCAAGGAUGCCAAACAUGAGAGAAGCUCCUCUUCAUCAUCCUCCUCCUCAUCUAGCUCUUCAUCUUCGUCCUCCAGUGAUGAGGAAGCCAAGAAAAGAAGAAAGCGCCGCAAGGCCAAGAAGCGCCUGAAAAAACUGAAGGCUAAGGAGAAGAAGAAGGAGAAGAAAAGGGAAAAGAAGGAGAGAAAGAAGUUGAAGAAGUUGAAGGAGAUGGCAGAGAAGGCACAGCUGAUAACAGCCCCUGGGGGACCCCCUGCCUCAGUCUCCGUAGCAACGCUAGCCCCCGAUUGUCUUGAGACAUGGCAGGGUGAGGAGGCUGUAGAGCAAGGACCAGUGAUGACGGAUGAGCAGAAGGCCCGCCUCUCCACUAAACGUCCACUCACUAAGGAGGAGUAUGAUGCCAGACAGAGUGUCAUCCGCAGGGUCCUUGACCCAGAAACAGGGCGGACCCGCCUGAUACGAGGAGACGGUGAGAUCUUGGAGGAGAUUGUCAGCAAGGAAAAGCACAAGGACAUCAAUAAGCAAGCCACCAAAGGUGAUGGUAAUGCCUUUGCCUCUAGACUGGGCAUCAACAGGUAGAGGUCCCCCCUCCCUGACCCAUGUCCUCCUUCAUCUAAUGUGUCUCCUCUGGGCCGGGCAGUAGGAGAGCACAUCUGGCAGGGCCCUGAAAUGGAUCCCUGUGGGACCUCAUGCCCACCCAAACUCCACCAUUCAAGCGGUCAUCUUCCUGCAGCUGCUUCCUGCCCUCAUCCAGCUAGAUCUCACUGCCACGUUCGACACCAGAGUAACAUUUGUGUUUUGUGGUUAAGAUCAGAAGAAACUCCUCAAGAUGGAUCAUCAACUUAAACUUGUUGUCCAUUGGUAGAGCUGCUUUAUCUGUUAAAUGAAUAGUCCAAGAAUCUUACAGCCUUAACCAUUACUGAAUAUUUGUUCUUUAGAAUUCUGUUGCCUAAGGAAUACAAGUAAUGGAAUCAGCUCUCUGGUGAUAUUAUAUAAGUUGUGCACAGGUGAGCCGACUGAACAUGUGUUUUCAGAAGAGCUCAGUCAUGGGUGAGGGAAUGGCUUAUAUUACUUUAGUGUCUGAGCAAACAACAUGCAGGGCAUCUGGUAAUGAGGCAGUUGAUGAUGGUUGUAGUUUGAAAGGGUUGUGUUGUCAAACCAAGACUUCUGAGGGGUCACAGAAGAAGCUGAUGACUUGGAGUCAUGUUGAAGAAAAGUGUUAUUCCAUUUUAAAAGUUUAAAACAUGUCUUAAAACAUCUGCAUAAAAUAAACCCUGUUUAAAUGGGAGUAUAGUGUAUGAGCUUUAUGUGAUAUUGUGAAUUGUCCUUGAACACACCUGUCACUCAUGAAUAGUAAGCUGAGUGCAACAUUUAGGGAAGCGUUACUUCCCACGACCCAUCUUAUCAGGGUUCCUAACCCAAGGGCAUCAACACGAGUACAUUUUCCACUCAUGAAUCAUCUAUGUAAAUCGCUAUCUGUGUAAAUAGGAUGCUGUGUGAGUUUCAAUAAAGAGGCUACAGCAGA